AUGGCUGAGGGGUUCCAGCUGCUCAUUGUGUCGCGCCUUUCUCUGGCCCAGCAGCAGUCCAAGGCCUUGGACAUGACGUUAAACCACGACAGCAAAGAUUUGCUAUACAUCCUGGCCUGUGAAUGUGAAAGCCUCUUCGACCAACUGCAGGAUUCUUCUCUGACGUCGCAUCUGGAUGCCACUGCCGAUCUGUGUGCCGAGUUUCAGCAACGGUUCGCCAUAUGGGCGGCACAUCUCGGCGUCUUUGCCCGGAGGAGCAACUGCCUGGACACGAGACUCAGAAACCACGCUGACCUGCAAGACCUGGUUGCUCGUCUACUCGAUGUCCUCCGCUGCGGUCUGCAACAAUGUAUUGUCGGAUCGAGCGGUCAAGCAGAGCCAGGUCCGACGCCGACAAGCUUGGAUGAGUCCGAGCCAAGAGCCUUCCGGAUCUCCUUGGCAGCUUUGACGGCGAUCGAUGAUACCCUCACUCGACUCAACCGUCUCGGGGUCUCGAUUCGCCAAGCAAGCUAUGACAAGAUCGAUGCGAGAGCUUCCAGAUUUGCCGCAAGCCUGGAGCCGAACACAUUCGAGCAUCUAUGUGCGAGCGCCGUCCAGGCCUUGUACCCCGGGGCUCAUCAGGCUCUCAAAAACCAUCUCACCAAGUCAAUGACAGACAGAUAUGCGAGGAUGCUCAUGCUCGGCUCUCAGUACAAGAAACAUCGAGAGUCACAUGCAGGGCUGUCGCCUUCGGUUGGCGAAGGCCUUAUCCCGCAUCAACACUCAACAGGUCAAGAAAGCUUCGACAUGGUUGCCGAAGACAUUGUCGAUCCAGACCAAGACCUCGAGCCUUACGUCUGCCUCUCGGAAGGAUGUUCAGAAGCGUAUCCGGUCUUUCCGACCUUUGACAAAUGGGUUGACCAUAUGGAACUUCACAACAGGCGAUGGCAUCGGGAAACUUAUUUAAAACCAAGUUGGGUAUGUGCCAUCUGCGAAGUCAACCCGGACGUUUACCACAGCCCUCAAGCUCUUUACUCGCACCUAAAAGAGUUCCAUGACGGCGAUUUCACAAAGAAACAACUCCAGUGUAUUUCAAGACAGAGCAUGACGAAGCAGCCAAGAGCUUGGAACGAUUGUUUCCUGUGCUGUUUUGCAGUGGACGAGCACGAUAAUGAGGCCGAGGUAAUACUCCGUAAACGACAAAAGGGACAGUCGAAACAAGAGAAGACCAAAUGUGCCAGGAAGGCUCUUGAUAUGACGAAACCAGAUGCCCGAAUUUCAGGCGCAGACUGUUCGGAGAUGUUGUCCGAUGUAGAUGACAUCGGCUCGCACCCAGACGGAUCACAAAAGCAAAAGACCAUGGACGCCUCAAGGGCCAUCGCUCGACAUAUUGCGGUGCAUCUGCAAGGGCUCAUGCUUUUGACACUACGCUUCGCAGCCUUGCAGAGUCAUGACGAGGACUUUGAUGAUGACAUCAAGAGCAAUUCGGUUGAGAUGGACGAAGAGGCCGCGUACUAG